AUGGACGGCCGGGACGACUUCUUCAGCGACUUCAUGGUGCUGCGGCCGGACAAGGGCGGCGUCCGGAGCCUGCUGCACCUGCUGUGCUCCUGCAAGGUCGCCGACAACGACGCCGUCGACAGCCCCGUCGGCACCGAGGUCGCCGAGCGGCGGCGGAGGUGGGCCAUCUUCGUCUCCCUCGUUGUGCAGAUGCUGCUGCUGUCGGUCAAGACGCCCCUGGCGGCCUUCGGGAGGGCCGUCGAGUACUGGAUGAACCUGCUCACGUACAAUGGUGGCAGCGUCAUUGGGCUUGUCAGGAACGCUGUGCAAGGGAAAGUACGAACUCCGGACAGGACAUCUCCAAAUUACCGGUCCUUCAUCGGAUUAGUUGACACGAGAAUUGAACUGGACAAGAAGAUCAAGGCAGCGGAUAGCAGCUAUAACGCAGCUCUUGGUAUCAUGGCUGCAAAGCUAGCCUACGAGAACAAACUCGUCAUCAAAAACGUCGUCGAAAGCAAUUGGCAGAUGACGUUCUUGGAGUUCUUCAACUGUUGGAAUGAAUUCAGGGGCGACUACACCACCCAGGCGUUCAUGCUGGCGGACAAGCCCGCGGACGCGGAGCUCGCCGUGAUCGCGUUCCGCGGCACGCAGCCGUUCGACGCGGAGCAGUGGUGCACGGACGUGGACUUCUCGUGGUACGAGAUCCCCGGCGUGGGCAAGGUCCACGGCGGCUUCAUGAAGGCGCUCGGCCUGCAGAAGAACACCGGGUGGCCGGUGCAGCCCUCCGAGGCCGAGACGAAGCGCCAGUACGCGUACUACACCAUCCGCGAGAAGCUGCGCGCGUUCCUGGCGGCGAACCCGCGCGCGCGCUUCGUGGUGACGGGGCACAGCCUGGGCGGCGCCCUGGCUGUGCUGUUCCCGGCCGUGCUGGCGCUGCACGGGGAGGACGUCCUGCUGGAGCGCCUGGCCGGCGUGUACACGUACGGGCAGCCCCGCGUCGGGGAUGCGCAGCUGGGGCGGUUCAUGGAGGCGCACCUGGACCGCCCACGGCGGCGCUACUUCCGGUUCGUGUACUGCAAUGACGUCGUGCCGCGGGUGCCCUACGACGACGCGGCGCUCCUGUUCAAGCACUUCGGGCUCUGCCUCUACAUCGACAGCCUCUACAGGGCGGAGGCGGUGGCGGAGGAGCCCAACAAGAACUACUUCUCGCCGCUGUUCGUGGUGCCCAAGUACGCGAACGCGGCGUGGGAGCUGCUCCGGGGGUUCCUCAUCGGCCACGUGUGCGGCGCCGUGUACGCGGAGGGGUGGGUCAUGCGGGCCGCCAGGGCCGUCGGGCUCGUGGUUCCCGGCCUGCCGCCGCACUCGCCGCAGGACUACGUCAAUGCCACCAGGCUCGGCGGCGCCUCGCUGGAGCUGCUGCUCCGUGAUUAG